AUGGGCAUUGAAGGAAUUAAAAAACAGUAUCAGGAAAUCUGCACUUAUCGUCCUCCUGACUCCAUAUACAAAUUCACAGCUUUCUCCAUGAAUCCGUCACGUAACCGCUAUAAUGAUAUUGUGUGCUUAGACAGGACAAGGGUAGUACUUAAACAAGAUGUGCCACCAUGUACCAGUUACAUACAUGCUAACUGGGUACGAUUCGAGAAGCACGAUCGGGAAUUUAUAGCAACACAGGGCCCAUUGGAAAGCACAAUAGGUGACUUUUGGAGGAUGGUUUUUCAAGAGCAGUGUCCGAGCAUUGUUAAUUUAACGAAGUGUGUCGAAGACGAAAAGGUGAAAUGCGCUCAGUAUUGGCCGACAGAAGCUGGUAGAUUCACAACAUAUGGCAAGAUAUUCGUGAACACUAAAAAGGUUGAAGUAGAAGACAAAUUCACCAUUUACACGAUCGAAUUGGUACCAGAAGGUUGUUCGAAUUCUCAUAUCGUCAAAUUGAUUCACAUGACAAAUUGGCCUGAUCGAGGCGUUCCUGCAAGUGGUCGUCAUGUACUUCGGUUACUGCGGAAGGUUGUGGCUGAUAAGCUCGACUGUGGUCCCAUAGUGAUGCACUGCUCGGCUGGCGUCGGUAGAACGGGUUGCAUCAUAAUGAUCGAUGUGAUUCUGCGAAAACUAUUCGCUGGAAAACCAGUAGAUACGGUGGAUAUUUUCAAGAAGCUGCGAGAUCAGAGAGCCAGUUCCGUGCCGGUCGACAUUCUCUACGUAUUCGUCUUCGUGAGCGUCAUUGAUUAUAUUCGCGCGAAACUCCCUGGAAAAUACAAAGAAAAGACACAGCGUUUCAUGGAUGAGUUCAAGACUCUUCAAGCGCAGAGGCUUAGACCACUUUAA